GUGUUCAAAUUGUUUGCCAAAUGUAGUGCAGAACUUCAGCUGGCUCUGUGGUUGAUGUGAUAUAUUGUCCCACCAAAACUAAUGUCUAAAAAUAACAGCAACGUUAGGAUAGAGACAUUUUCAGAGGAAAAUGACCGCGUUGGGUUUAGUUUAAAUGUUCCAAAAUUGUUAUUUUGACCUGUUCCACAGUCUAACACACGGUGGUAGUGUGGAGUCAGGGAGGGAUUUAAUAUGGCCGCGAAGAAGAAAUAAAGGCUGCUGAUUGGAUGGCUGUGAAAGUAAACAAAGCGGAAGCCGCUUGCUGGGAGUCUCCAGGCGGCUCAUGUGGAGAGCCGCUCCCGGUGUCUCCCCGCUGCUCAGGCUGACCCCGCCUGCGCCCUCAUGGGUCGCGGCUGUCGGUAAGAAGGACCUGCCGGGUCUUCCGGUCCUCCUGGAGGAUGAGCUGGAGGAGCAGUUUGUGAGGGGAUCAGGGCCUGGAGGCCAAGCGACUAACAAAACCAGCAACUGUGUGGUGCUCAAACACAUCCCCACCGGCAUUGUGGUGAAGUGCCACCAGACCAGAUCUGUGGAUGUAAACCGAAAGCGCGCUCGGGAAAUAAUGAGGGAGAAACUCGACGUGGCGUAUAAAGGAGAACUCAGUGAAUUGUUGGUGAAGAAGAAAGAAUCUGUGUUGAAGAAACAGGAAAAAAGGAAGAGGGUGAAUGAGAACUUGGAGAAGAAAAGACUGUUUAAAAAAGCCUUGGCUGCAGACACUAAACCUGAAGAUGACACUGUUUAAACAGUCCAACCUAAUCUAAAGCUCCUGAAACAAACAGAAUUCUUUCUAGAAAUGUGUUACCAAUCCUUUCUGCACCUUCUCUGCUCAGGCUCAUCAAUUUCAUUAUGAUUAUAAUUAUAUUUGUUUUCAGUUUCUAGAAUGUCUAUCAGCAGUAUCUGUUGCUGCUUCUCUUUAAAGAGAACAUAGAGGCUAAUAGGAUUUUUAAUAGAACAUUUCCUUGCCAUGACCACUAGAUGUCAGUAUGAGCUUGGUGUCUGUUACUGUUAGGUUCAUCAAAAAUCCCAUAAAAAGUGGUCUGUGUUAAGAUUGUCCACAUUCUGACACCAAUCAUGUUGGUUAAAUUUAUGCCUAAUUGGUGUGAAUAUUUUCUCUCUAAUUCUUCAAAAAUGACCAUCAAGACAUUUAUUUAUUUAGGUUCUUACGAUGUAUUAUUUUUAUUUAUUUAGUUCUUUUCGAAACAUGUUUAUAUAGCAGUAGCAUGCAAUGGCUUUUGGUGAAUUGUAUAUAAUAGUUGUGGAAAUUUUGACUCUUGCACAACUUACGUUGACUAAGACCGCCCUUUUUAUCAGGAAGAAAAACAACCAACAAAUUUACUGCAUCCUUAUCAUCCUGUGACUUUUUCCUGGUCAAAUGAUUUUAAUAAAUAUUAAUGAAAAAUUUA